GGUCUCUCAGGGUGAGGAGCAUGUCGGCGGUGGCGGGUGGGGGCGGCUGAGGGGGAUGGCGAAGGUUCGAUGUUGGCGCCGCGGGCGCUGAGGGGCCACGGCUGCCCCACGACCCUCGAGCAGCGCCGUGUUGUCUCACCGCGCCAGCGGUCCCGAGAGAAGAUGCGAUAGCCUGCGGUGAACCCAUCUGGCGCUUCUGGGACCUUCGGAGGCGAUGGAGCCGCUACCCGAGCUCUACGCGAUCUUCCAGGGCGAGGUUGCUGCAGUGACAGAUUAUGGGGCAUUUAUCAAAAUUCCAGGCUGCAGGAAACAAGGCCUUGUGCACAGGACUCACAUGUCCUCCUGCCGUGUGGAUAAACCCUCAGAGAUUGUGGAUGUUGGGGACAAAGUCUGGGUGAAGCUGAUUGGGAAAGAGAUGAAGGAUGACAAACUGAAGCUCUCCCUCUCCAUGAAGGUUGUUAACCAAGGCACGGGAAAAGACCUCGAUCCCAACAACGUUGCCCUUGAUCAGGAUGAGAGGAAGAAACGCUCCUUCAGGGACUACACGAGUCAGAAGAUCACCCUGGAGGCUGUUCUGAACACUGUGUGCAAGAAGUGUGGCUGCAAAGGUCAUUUUGCCAAGGAGUGUUUCAUGCAGCCUGGAGGGACCAAGUACAGCCUCAUCCCAGAAGAGGAGGAGGAGGAGGAGGCAGCAGCAGGACACGGAGGAGACAGUAAGACCAGCCUGGCUGAGGAGACUUCAAAAAAGAGGAAAAAGGAGAAGAAGAAGAAAAAGAAGCACAAGGCGAAGGAGUCCUCAGAGUCAGACUCGAGCAGCUCGGACUCGGACAGCUCGGGGGCUCAGCCCUCCAGCAAGAGGAGCAAGCAUUCCAAGGCUCCCAAGAAGAAGAAGAAGAAGAAGAAGAAGCACAGGAAGUAGCCCUGGGAAUGAGCAGGGGCAGGGUGGGGAGCUGGCAUUGCCAGUCCCUGGUGCACACCACGAGCAGCCAGCAGGAACCAGGGACAGAGUUUCCUUCUCAAAGUCACCCAGGCACGUGGUGUUACCGGUGUGUUACAGGUGUGACCUUGCUACAGGUUGUCCUCUGUCACCUUGGCACAGGCUGCCCCUUUCUCCCACAGCUCGUGCCAGGACAGGCUCAUGACACCCUGCAGGGCACCUCUCCCAGGCACCUCGCCAGGGCACCUCUCCUGUCCUGCAGCCUCGUGGAUGCGCUGCCAGCGGGAGCCUGGGUGACAUCAGCUCCUGCAGAGCUGAGGUGGCACUGCCAGGCUGUCCCCACACUGCUCAGGGACAGCAGUGGGUGUUGCUGGGCCCUGGGUGGGACCACGUCCCCCCCUCCUUGGCUUUGGGCUGCAAAGCUGCCCCAGCUCCCUCUUGGUCUGCAAACACUGGGAGUGGAGGAGCGAGAAGCACGUGGGGAGUGGAGAUAUUGUCAGUAAACACUCUGCAGUGUUUGCUGCCUUGGAAAGUGAUGGAAAAGAAAUCUCUGCCAUUUCCAUUUCCAACUGUA